CGGCAACACAUUAUUACGCGCUUGGAGCAGAGAGUGACCCGAUAUAGCUUCUCUCUUCGGGGAGUGUGCGCAGCAACCAUGGCGGCCGACCGGUUCAACAUGAACCGUAGUUGGGAUCAUAUCCAAAACAAGUACGUCGGAACAGGCCAUUCGGACACCACCAAAUUCGAAUGGGCAACAAACCAGCACCGAGACUCUAUCGCAUCACACAUUGGACACAGCGACUUGCUGAUGUACUUUGCCGUUGCGGAGAACAAUGCCGUGGGCCGUGUGCGGUACCAGCUGCUCGAGAAAAUGCUGCAACCGUGCGGGCCACCACCAGCAAAAGACGACGACGAUAUAUGACACUGCUUGUGGAAGCACCGACGUCUUGUCGGUUCUUCGUCGAUUUGCAUUCUUGCGUGUUUAAGCGCCACUCUUCGUAUGUAGACGUGUAGGCCAACGUUGUGUUGGUAGCGUUAUUAUUGGCAAAGCAUAUAAGGUACAACGGUUGAUGUAUUUGCGGCCAUGUGCCGAAGAGAUAAUGAAACGAAAUACCAUACGAUCCGCGGCUGCUGCUUGCCGAGUAUGUGUCUUGAGAUUCUUGGCUGGCAUCUGCUUGCUUGAAUCUAGAUCCUCUGCUAUCGCUUCAUGUGGCCCUUGACCUCAGCCUGGACUUGACCUCCCGCAUCGUCAACAGCCGUUCAGGACGAAGGUGCACGCGGCGGGAUAGCUAGGUUAUGCGGUUCGAGCCCUUGUGUCGGGGUGCGUUUCGCCAUUCUCCAACACAUCGGUGGAGGGUGCAAAGAAUGCAACCGGGGAAGUAUUCGCCCCCCUCGGGAAUUAAGGCGGGAGGCUAAGGAAGAGAGUUCCUUGUCCAGAGUAAACACGACCGACAAGCGGAGUAGACACUGCGAGAAGCGAACGGUGCGGAAGUAAGUGUUGAACAAAUUUGGUGGGGUUAAGUGCGGUGAACACGAUGGAUAUGUGGCGAGAGUAUUUGUGCAUCAGCCAGUCAAUCAAGCUAUUCAGUUCACCUAUCCACUUGGACUCUGUUAGAAGUCUGGCAAACGCUCGCGCCCCCCUCGCCGAAACCUAAUUUUAUGCAGA